GCAUGUGUAUCUCUCUCCCUCUCUUUGCGCGUGCCACUUACGCGGUUGCAUGGAGGACAGUUAUCAGUGUGUAUGUUGUGUGUCUCCAGAGAAGCAGCGUCCAGACGGAGGGAACCCAUGCGGUUCUUGCCAUGACUCGACCCGCCAAGCUGAGCUUUCACACGGCGUGGAUCUUUCUUUGGCUGGCGCAGCUGACCGCAGGCCUGAAAUGCGUGUGCCAGCUGUGCGACAACCACGUUUGCGAGACGUCCGCAGACGGCGCCUGCUGGAACUCUGUCAUGUUGAUUGACGGCCGAGAGGAGACGAUGCAGUCGUGCCUGUCGCCCCUGGAGAUGAGAGGCCAGGUGUUCUGCUACAGCUCCCCCAAUGUCUCCAAGAGGAACUGCUGCUUCAGCGACUUCUGCAACAACGAGACCCUGCACUUGCAGCCCGCAGAGAGGCCUUCGGAAGAUCCAGACAGCAGCAGUAGCAGGUUGCAUCUGGCCGUGAUGAUCGUGGUGCCCGCCUGCCUGCUGUGUGUGGUCGUCAUCCUGGGGGUGUUUCUGGUCCAGAGUCGGCGCUGCUUCUACAACAGGGCCCACAAACACGACCCAGAGGAGGGCCUGGACGACCACAUGCUCAUGUCACCCGACAAAUGUCUCAAAGAUCUCAUCUACGACAUGAGCACCUCUGGCUCUGGAUCAGGGCUUCCUCUGCUGGUCCAAAGAACCAUAGCCCGGACCAUCGUCCUCCAGGAAAGCAUCGGGAAGGGCCGGUUCGGAGAGGUGUGGCGGGGAAAGUGGCGAGGAGAGGACGUUGCUGUAAAGAUCUUCUCCUCCAGGGAUGAGAGGUCCUGGUUCCGUGAAGCGGAGAUUUAUCAGACCAUCAUGCUCCGACAUGACAACAUCCUGGGCUUCAUUGCGGCUGACAACAAAGAUAAUGGCUCAUGGACGCAGCUUUGGUUGGUGUCAGAAUACCACGAGCGUGGCUCACUGUUCGAUUACCUGAACAGGCACACCGUGUCCGUGGAGAGCAUGAUGGUUCUAGCCUUGUCCAUAGCCAGUGGUCUGGCUCACCUCCACAUGGAAAUCAUUGGCACACAAGGGAAACCAGCCAUCGCUCACAGGGACCUCAAGUCUAAAAAUAUCCUGGUGAAGAAGAACGGCACCGCCGUCAUUGCAGAUUUGGGCUUGGCCGUGAAACACGACUCCAGCAGCAACAGCAUAGACAUACCGUCCAACCACAGAGUGGGAACCAAGAGGUACAUGGCCCCUGAAAUCCUGGAUGAGACCAUCAACAUGAACAACUUUGAGUCAUUCAAGCGAGCGGAUAUCUACUCACUGGGGCUCGUGUUGUGGGAACUGGCCCGAAGAUGCUCCGACAGGGGACUUCAAGAGGAUUUCCAGCUGCCUUAUUAUGACCAGGUGCCUUCAGAUCCAUCCAUGGAGGACAUGAGGAAGGUGGUGUGUGAGCAGAAACUCAGACCAAACAUUCCAAACCAGUGGCAGAACUGUGAGGGUUAUUGAGGUGAGAAACGUGGCAGCGAGAUCAACACCUUCCUCUACAACAUCGCCUUCUUGUUUUGCCAUGAGUUAUUUCUUGAAUUGCUUGAAUCCCUUCUUUAGGGUUGUUGAGGUGAGAAAUUGAAUUCAAGACAUAACUCAUGGCAAAACAGGAAGGUGGUGUUGAAGAGGAAGCUUGUUGCCACAUCACGUCUUUGGGAAGAGUCACAUCAGGAAUUAUGUCUUCACUGAAGGUAAAAGUAACUUUAUAUGUUCAUUUACCCCUUCCAUUCAUCAUUUAUAUGUAUUUGUAAGGUAAAACUCUAAUUGUGAAACUAUAAAAACAUGUUUUGUGCUCACAUUUUUGUCUUUCUGGAACGGAUUAAUUGGAUUCACAUUAUUUCUUAUGGGAAAAAUGGAUUCGGUUGGAGUCAGACCUUCUGCAACGAAUUGAUGACGCUAACCAAGGUUCCACUGUAAAUGCUCUAAUUCUAGUUAUGUUACCUUAAUGAUUUGGAGUGCACAAAGUGAAAAGGAAAACUUUGACCACAAGGUAAUUUAUUCCAAAACGAUAUUGCACAACACAGCAGCAACAGAAUCAAUGUUGUAAUAGCAGCAUUAGAACCGCUGAUGCGUUCAUUGUAAACAACAGCACGGCCAGUGUAACACGCUAACACGCAUGAUUUCACACCGCAACCGAGGUAGAGGUAGAGAAAGCUGCUGGAUACAGACCACUCAUAGUACAGUCGUCCCUCGUUUAUAGUGGUUAUAAGUGGUUCCAGACCCGGCUGCAUUAAAUGAAUUUCAGUGAUAUAGGAUUCAAUGUUAAUAGCCGCUACUUUUUUCUCAAACUUUGAAGCCUGCUGCUUAUACAGCGGUGCGGCCUGUGACAUCUCCUUUACUUCAGAACUAACUCUAAUCAUUUAAAUACAGUGUUGCUAGCGAGUCAGUGAGGAAACGCCCAUCACGAGCUAUCAGUGAACUCACGACAAGCUUGUCAAACCACUGGAGGUCAUUACUCAAUACAACAGUCUGAUUCACAGUGUUAUCUUACAAAGAACGCUAAACUCAUCACCAGCAACUUGAAACUCAAACGUUACUGGGAAAUAAACAAUACAAGUACCAAUACCAGUUUAAAAAAAAAAACUAUUUUAAAGUUUUCCCAUGAUGCAUUGCAUCCAAGUAAAGCAUUCAUUGGUGCCUGCUGGGGCGCUGCAAUGAUGUCAGCCUCCUUCUGGGCUCCUCUGGCUUCCGUCGGUGGACAGAGGCAGCAUUGCAGUACCAUCCAUCCAUCCAUUUUCUUUGCUGCUUGUCCUCCAAUGAAAUGCUUUGCUCAGACGCAAUGCAUUAUGGGAAAACGUAAAACUAGUUGGUUUUAAACUACUGGUUUAGCCUUUACUGAGGAACAGUAAAAGACGAAAACGUCUAAACUACUUUGGAAAAAGCCUAUCAAUGGGUGAGAAGUGAUGUGCCGCAUUACUAUAACAGCUGCUGUGUCUGCUGUGUUCACAAGCCAGGCCCUGCGUGUGAUGGGCAAAGUGAUGAGGGAGUGCUGGUACGCCAACCCCGCAGCACGACUGACCGCUCUACGGGUCAAAAAGACCGUGUCUCAAAUGUCCAACACCAGCGGGGUCAAAGAUUAGCACCAUGCGAUGGUGCUGUUGGACUGGGGAUGACACAAGGAAGGUACCGCCUCCCUCCCCGGACCCUCGUCCUCUUCAGGAUGCAACCAAACGGUCGCCCUCAGAGAGCUGAUUGAGGUUGUUGGUGCCAAAGAAUAGUGGGAGGUGCCUGUGGCAGCUUAGCACCAAUGUUGAAGCCAACGUUUGUGAGAAGGAGCCAUGUCGUAUAUAAAAAGUGUCUCAUGUAGAAACAGAUUACUUUUGCUACCUCAGAUAUUUAAGUGCCCAACACUAGCUAAGCCUUUUUGUGCCAUUUGUCGUAGCAAACAGUGUUGCUGCGUAAGUAGAGUGCUAUUUGCAAAGGUUACUCUGUAAGAGCCAUGCUUACUUGUAAAUGGCACUCUUAUAGGACAUGUCUAAUGAUGUGCUUAAGUGAAAGCUCUACAGUUCUGUGAAGAGAGGCGCUUUGUAUUUCAUACUCUAAAACAACAGAAGGCAGCAUCGAUCCUGCACCACUAUUUUAACAUAAUACGAGUACACUCAAUGUCAAUUUACACUGGAACCUCUACGGGCGAACACUUUGGUCAACUUCAGAUUUUUUUGGGAUUGAAAAAUCAUGGAAAUAGUACGGAGCCCCUAAGGGGACAUGAUGAAAAAAAACAAAACCCAAAUCUCAAGAAGCUCUUGUGAGUUUUUCAAGCCUUUGGUGACUACCGGUAUUUCCGGGUCAGCCGCCGCAACAACGCUGGAGUUGGCUUCUGAUUCACCAGCUUCCGAUGGUACUUAAGGGGAAAUUUAAGAUGGGAUGAAGUUAAUGUGUUUGUCUCGAUUGUCUUACUGCGUUGUCACACAUCCGAAACUGUUAUAAUCAACGUUUAUCAGCCUCUGGAGGAUAAUCAAGUCCACAUCUGGGGAGUCCAGGUACAGUGGUUUUCCAGCAAAUUGUUUGACUUUAGAGGUUCCAUUGUAGAUUCCAUUACUCACCUCUGAGAGCAGUGGCGGAGCCAGAAAUGUUUCAUCGGGGUGGCCCAGGUGAGACCAUUGCUCACACGGGGUCGGGCAUAAGCUGAUAUCUGCCAUGUCUAGGAGAGUGACCACGCAGCUCUGCCACUGAGGGAGAGAGCGAAAAAUAGCCGAUUUAAGGUGCAUGCUGGGUCUUUACUGCCUCUUGAGGAGUAAAUUGUUAUUACAACUGCACAGUGUUAAAAAAAAACCCUUCAUACUGUCCGUUGAUUGUGUUUCAUAAGCGAAAUCAUGUUUUUUAAAGGAUUUUGCACAGCUAAUGCAUUCCGUUGCUGAAAAAAGAGCUGCUUUCCGACAGCCAAAUGCUAAAGCUCAUCCUCGAAUGUGAAAUGUAUGCGUAUAUUUAUUCACUUUUUUAUGCUAUAAAACCAAAGUUGCCUGUCGAUGCCAACAAGUGUUUUUGUUCCCAAAUAUUGACACAAGCUAUCGAGGGAAACAUCUUCUGAGCGCCACUCAGCACAGACAAGCAGGCUAAGUAGAACGACAGGGUACUACUUUGUGAGUGCUUCAAUAGGAUGACUAAUGCCUGUUAGAGAAGGGAACGUGUGUCACCACAGCUUUGCAAGCGUGUGGGCUAGAAUUGGCAAAUUCUAGAAAUUUGUCAAAAUUGCUUUAUGGAGACCACUUUUCCACAGUUUUAGUUCAUUCUUUUUAAUGCACAUCCGGCUCUCCAUGUGUACUUUCACUCACAUUUUGAAGGAACCGGACAUACCAGUGUUGGAAAACAACAAAGACCAUCAACAAUGCUGGAUGAUAAAUGUAGCGAAUAAGGCCUCAAGCAAGUAGACCGAAAAGAAGCACCGUCUGGCUUGGCUUGCACAUUGUCCUUUUCCAUAACAAUCAAGCACAACCACUUUCUAAACCAGGGGUGUCCAAAAUGCGGCCCGGGGGGGGGGGGGCAUCUGUGGCCUGCGGCUGUUUUUUUUUAAUGGCUUUAAAAAACAAAGUUUAACAAGAAAACUAACAAAAAACAGCAAUUCUAAAAAAAUAAAGUCAAAAUAUUAAGAGAAAAAAGUUACAAUUUUAUGGGGAUAAUGUCACAAUAUUAUGAGGGGAAAAUAACAUUUUAGUAGCAUAAAGUUGAAAUAUUUAAGAAAAAGUUGUAAUAUGAAAAAUAAUAAAGUUUGGAAAAUCAGGUUGGGGAAAAUUAUUGAUGGGAUUAAAGACGACGCACUUGGUGGAAGUUGUACGGAGUCAUUCACGUAUUUAAUGGGGGUCGAAGACAACUGUAAUUGUAAAACUAUUAAAAACAUGUUUCGUGUUUACAUUUUUGGUUUUCUGGGAGGGAUUAAUUGGAUCUGCGAUUGGCUGGCGACCAGUCCAGGGUGUACCCCACCUCUCGCCCGAAGUCAGCUGGGAUAGGCUCCAGCAUACCCACGACCCUCGUGAGGAUAAGCGGCAUAGAAGAUGGAUGGAUGGAUCAAUUGGAUUUCAAUUAUUUCUAAUGGGACAAAUUUAUUCGGUUAGCAUCCGUUUCAGUUAAGAGGCGGACCUGCUGGAACAAAUGAAUGACCCUAACCAAGGUUCCACGGUAUAUGUUUUUUUUAGCCAUUUUACAAAAAAGAAACAAAAACAUUAAAGUGGCCCCCCCGCAUCAGUUGAUUUUUCCGCGUGCGGCCCUGAAUGGAAAAAGUUUGGACACCCUUGUUCUGCACCGUGGACCAUGAUCACCAUGUUCUCAAAUGAUGUGUUUUUAUAAAUACAAAUCACUAACAUGACCGGAUGCAGUGGACCACUGAUGUUGAAUGCCCUUGAAGUCAAACAAUUCGGAACAUUUUCUGGAAAAAAAGAAAAAAAAUGCAACACUGAAGCGCUAUCAAACGUGUCUUCUUUGGCUUGUUUGUGGCGAAAGAGGCUGAAUGCGAUUAUGAGCGUUGUCUUGCAAGAAGAACUUUUAUGCCAAAAGUCAAACUAGAAAAGGAUAAAGAAUUAGAUUUAUAUUGUGGUAGAAUAGCGACAAAAGCAUCUCCGUCCUGGCUGCUCAGUACAAAACGGCCAAAGGGACAAUAAGUUGACAUCAAUAAUAAAAGAACAGAAAGAACACCAUAAAAUCAGCUGGGUUAUAAAAUGUUAUUGUACAGCAGUUAACUUCUUUUUACGCUUGUAUGACAUCGGUUUAGGAUGGUGACAAGUUUACCCUUGAAUAUAUGAUUUCCUGGAGGAAUACCGCAUUGACCCACCCAAAUAUAAGACAAGAAAAGUCUGGAAAAAGUUGUCAUAUUCGGGGUGCAGAGAUGUGGCACUAAACGACUUUUCCCCGAGCGAAUAAGUGCUUCUUGGCACUCACACACACAUCAGCGACCUGCUGUUCAGUACUUCGACUACCACUUCACUCUUGACACCACUACGAUGCUAAUUUUAAGCUAGUGAUCACUUGCAAACACGUCAAGCAACUAAGAAUAUGAGAUUUACCAUUUAUUUCACUGACUUUUAAAAGGUCUUUGAUUUUGUCCAACAUUCACGGUAUCUUAUAUUCGGGUUAAUACAAAUUCUAAAUUCGUACAAAAAUGGUUUCUGGAAACAAAGUACGUUCGACCUCAGGGGUUCCACUGCAUUCCCAAAUCUGAUGCAACUUGUUUUCUUCAGAAACGCUGCUGUUGUUUAGAUCUGACUGCUCUGAUAGUCUUUCCUGUGGUUGUCACCAUCGUGAUGUAUCUUAUAUUUUGCACUAUUUAUAUUCUAUAGAGAUACGGCCAUGUCAAUAAAGUGUGUUUUUGUGAGUGAA